AUGGCAACGAAGACAGGCCGGAGUGACACCAACUUCACAGUAUUCAUCCGCUUGCCAUUUCCCAGGGGAGACUUUGUUGACCCCCCGCCUGUGGAAUGGAAUGCGGCGAAGGAGCAGGCGCUAUGGGACAUUCUCUCUAAGCCAUCAAAGGGGGAUGAUAUAGACUGGAAAGCACUGGCGGAACACUUUGACGUUACCCUGCAGUUUCUACUCCAACAAGCUGCUUGGCUAUAUGAUAGACAGCUCUCCCAGGUACGGGCGCAAAUGCGCAGGGUGCCCCCAGUCCAAUCAAGUUCGCCCUCGCCAGCACCAGGUUCUGUAUCAGGGAGCACGGCUUUGAGUGGCCAUCCGCAAAAGGGGAAUGUGCCCGGUGGAUCCCGUGCCCCCUCGAGACAGGUCUCUCAUCAGAAAGAUAUUCCUCAACAAGCUGCCAGUGGCCGUCGCACGAGUUCUACGUCCACGACUACCGUCAACCAAACCCGCCACUCUCGAGACUCUUCUCGUAACGAGACGCCGACGGAAGGCAGAGAACAACGAUGGGAAAACUUUGUGCGACGGCCAUCUGUCACCAGACGUGACCAGCCACAAACUACCUCAUUCAUGCGGUCGCCGCCACUCGAAGAAGAGGAUCUCAGCACCAGCUCUACAGACUCCGACUCAGAAGCAGAGUCUACACGGAGGGUGCCGCGAUUUAGAAAGUUUGGCAAAUACUCCACUCAUCGCCUGGGCCUGCAAGACGAUGCCGAUGAAGAUGAAGAUGAUACCCCUGCGUUUCUUCCCCUGUCUCGGGAAACCGACCAGACGCCUGGAGAUCGACCCGGCGAAGAGCUCAGCGCAACUCUUCGCCUAGACGCUGAACGGGCAGCAGCAGCCCGGCGCCGGAUGGCCGACCGGACUGGCCACCGACACCCUGUAGCAACGGAGUCAUCUACUAGCUCGAUGAGCUCCGGUGCCCCAGCAAGCUUGACAAACAGCGAUAGUCGACGCCUAGGCCAGCCCGCUAGUGCACUCAGUCCCCAUCGCGCCGGGGAAGCACCCCGGCAGAGCCCUCGCAAGUCUACUACAUCUGGGAGGGAAGCGAGCGAUGGGACUCCAAGCAUGGGGAGCAGUUUCAGUGACUUGGAUGACGCCAGCGUUACACAGUCUGCUCUGGAGGAGGCGCUUAUGAGCAAUAUGCAGCAUGGAGGUAUGGCUAGUCGUAUGAGCACGAUUAGCCAGGCUUUGCGUAGUCGCUAUUUGCAGUGA